AAAAUCUACCAGCACAACGGGAUCGAUGCUGGAGGUACUGCUACUUUAGAAUGUUCAUAUUGUUCGGAAAUUAAUCGUAUGUGAUUCGAGAUGGUACUACUUCACUGAACGGCCUCAUUCGAUGGAGAUACACAAUGCUAUACAGGAGGCACCACGACAUGACGUGACAAGAUGGUAACUACCUAAAUUUUUUCUUUCUCCCAAAAGAAUUCAUGGUCAAACAAGCUUUCUUUCCUUCACUGUCAACAUACGCUUCAAACCACGCACAGGACGGAGACGACGGAGAAGACACAUCACCCGGGAAGAUUAAUAAGAGUGUUAGCCAAAUCAAAGUGCAGAUAGAGAAUCCCUAUGCAAUGCGUGAUAUCCGAGAUAUCAUGGGAACGCACACAUUACACGCAGAUGCGCUGCCACUCGUCUACGAACCGGGGAAGACGCUAUGUGGUAUAGGAUUUUGGGGAUAAGAGGAUCUUCACUGAGAAUUAGAAUUGAUUCUUUCUCGUUGUUUUUUUGUGAUUUUGAAAAUCGUAAUUCGUACUUACUUGUUUUUGAAUUUCCAAUUCUAUCCCUCUCAUCGAUCCCCUUUUCAACACAGUUCCCGGCGGCAAAGCGGUAACCGAAGCCGUUUUGGAAGACGUGAAUGUUAGUCCUGGUGAGAUCUACCUGAACGCAACCCCUCAAGAAUUCAGCACCGAAUCUGAGAGACGGGCAGUCGAGAAGAGUCCUGUUUUCAACGAAAUAGCAAGAAGCGGCGCAGUUGACACUGAGGGUAGCCCGAAAGACGAAUUCGCACAGCCGCUGUCGAUAUCACUCACUCUGCGUAACACGGCGCAAAAAACGGCGAGUUUCAAGAAACUGAUUGUCCGCUUGACGGAAGUUGUCACGAUGAUGGUACUAUAGUACUCGAAGAGAUAGCCUCAACUUUGGCGAAUGACUAUGCUUUUCCCCCUUUGUAAUGUCUUUCCUGCAGUAGAUAGGAACGAGAAGUUUUGUUUGUGUUUCUGCAAUUCACAUUGUUGCUCAGCUUGCUCACAAUCAAAUUUUAUCCUCUCCAAUAUACCCCACCACAGGGCCAACCCGUUGGAUCCGAUAUGAC